AUGUCGUCGCCCUUGUCGUCGUCUUCACCCAGUACUAACCACGACACCCCUCCUCCCUUACCAACACCUACUAAUGUACAGGUUGCAGUCCGUUGUCGUCCUCUCAAUCAUCGUGAAAAAUCCACAGGACGUGGUGCUGUUGUUCAAUGCAAGCCGAAUUCCAACGAAGUGGCCGUUCUGAAGCGCAAGACGUAUACGUUUGACCGUGUCUUUGGUCAAUAUUCAACCCAAAAGGACGUAUUUGAUACUGUCGUACGUCCUGCAGUGGAUGAAGCAUUGGCUGGUUACAAUUGUACUGUAUUUGCCUAUGGUCAGACGGGCACGGGCAAGACGUAUACAAUGCAAGGCGACUUGUCUCGUGGCAGUGAGACGGCUGGGAUUAUUCCACGUAGUGUCCAAUGUAUUUUUGAUACUCUGAAGGCAAGUGACGAGGAAUUUAGUGUCCGUGUAUCCUUCUUGCAGCUCUACAAUGAAGAGUUAAAAGAUUUGCUGGAUCCUGACACGGAUAAGAAAUUGAGACUCAUGGAAGAUACAAAGCGAGGAGGAAUUUACUGCGUCAAUCUGCUGGAAAUUACAGCAACGACAGCCAAGCACGUGUAUGAUUUGGUGAAUACUGGUGUAAAAAAUCGCAUUACGUCCGAGACUUUGAUGAAUGAAAACUCGAGUCGUUCCCAUAGUAUUUUUACCGUUCGAAUUCAUAGUAAAGAACACAAUGCGGCAGGUGAAGAUUUGUUACGUGUUGGACAAUUAAACCUUGUGGACCUUGCAGGAUCCGAAUGUGUUGGUCGAUCAGGCGCACGCAAUGCCAGAGCGCGUGAAGCAGGUACGAUCAACCAGAGUUUGCUCACUUUGGGACGAGUAAUCACGGCGCUCGUUGACAACCUCCCACACGUCCCGUAUCGCGAUAGUAAGCUUACGCGCUUGCUGCAAGAGUCCCUUGGAGGACGGGCAAAAACAACGAUUAUUGCGACUUUAGCUCCUUGUGCAGACAGCCUUGAUGAGACGCUUAGCACGUUAGAGUAUGCAUUCCGCGCAAAGAAUAUCAAAAACAAACCGGAACUGAACCAGAAAAUGACCAAGGCAGGAUUGCUGAAUGAUUUUGGAAGCGAGAUUGAAAUGCUUCGUGCAGCUCUGCGAGCUGCUAGAAUGAAAGAUGGUGUGUACCUCCCACUGGAGCAGUUUACUGACAUGCAAGAGCGACUUGCUGGUCAGACCGUGCAAUUAACGGAGCUGGAGGAUAUUCUAAAGGCGAGGAACAUAUCCUGUAAAGAGCUCGAGGAAGUUGCUGAAAAGCAUGCGAGCGAGGUCGCGUCUCUGACACUUGCAAAGCAAGAGGUAAGCGACAAACUGACUAGAACAGAAGAUGAACUUACUUUGACAAAGCAAACCUUGGAGAAGACGACUCAUGAGCUGCAGCAAGUACAGAACGUGCUGAAAGCCUAUCAGGAGAAUGAGCAAGUUCUACUUGCAAACGGAGCUACCGCUGAGAAGUUGUACGAUGCCUGUGAAAACCGGGCUGCUCAGCUUUUGGUGAAAAUUGAGAACACACAGCGCACAGAAGAGACCAACACAGAGCUAGCCUCUUUGUAUCGUAGUGAUGUGCAAUGCCAAAUUGGUGCGUUCCUGAAAAAGCUCACAGAACACAAUGGAGAGUCAAGACAUUUAAAUGCAAUGCAAAGUCUUGUCGAAGCGCAUAGAUUGCAGAUCACCGAAUCGCUUGCUGCAGACGAUGCUCAAAGGACACGACAGCGUGAAGAAGUGGUCAUAUCGAUGAAAAGGCAACAGGAAGCUAUGCAAAACCAGCUUGACAAGCUCGUCGAGGUAUCCAAGUGCCACGCGACAGUUAUCAUGGAAGACUUGUCCACGUCUAAGUGGCAAAAUGUUGCAUUUCUCGAAAAUGUACAAUCGACACUGGAAUGUUCUCGCAAAGAGCUAGCCAGUUUUCUCACGGAGCAAAGCGAUAAAUUGCUGGAGCUACAGGCAGCAAUUGACAUGUCGGUCGUGAAACAAGGCAAGGAGCUCGACGAAAGCAAGGCAGCACUUGUGGCUGCACUAAAAGAUAGUCGUGCCCGGCAAGAGGAGGAACUAAAUGGCGUGAAGGCACAUCUUGCGCAGUACAUUGAGACGUGUAUCCAAAGUCAAUCACGGAAGCUCGACGAGCAGACGCUGCUUAUCGAAGAGAACACGAAGAAGCAACACAAACACCUUUCGCAUGUGCAGACCAUUACGGAGCAGCAAAUGAAGGGAUUUGUGCAGGCGAUGGGCAGUCAAAACGCAAAACAGGAGAGUGAGACGGCUGGGUGUUGUGAGCGGUUGUCUGAAAUGCGAGGCCAACUUGGUGAAACAAACGCACGACAAACCGAGUUGAUUAAAUCACACGAACGACAACAAAUGACAUGGAGGAACGAUACUACUGAGCUUGCUAACACGCACUCGGAGAAAGAGCUUUCUUUGUCGGAGAAGCAUUCACAGGAUGAUGCUGCAACAUUGAUAAAGAGGCGAGAGCAAUUAAUGCAAUUCUUUGAUGAGCACAAAGAGCUCCGGCAACUUGUGAAUGGAGGGUACAAGACACUGGGAGAAGGGCUUCAAUGUCAUAUUUCGCAUACAAAGGGCAAGAUUGACUCAGUCGCAUCUCUUGGUAAUGACAUUGUUGUCAAAGCUACUGCAGCGUCCACCCAGCAACUAGACGAAAUGGAAACAUACAUGAAGAAACGAAAGAUCAAUACAAGAACAGGAACGACACCUGUGAAGACGGAUGACCGGCCGUUCCCGUCCUUUGCGUCCACGAAAAUUUCAGCUGAGCAGUUGGUCAUCACGCAGCAUUCAUCCAGCUACGCCAACUCGUUAGGUGAUGAUGAGCCAAGUCACAAGAGAAGGAGAAUGAGUCACCCAGGUCGCCCUGAUAAUGUGACGACCACCUUCUCCGCGAUGCAAUCCCAUAGCAAUGCUCCCGUCAGCAUUGAUGCUGUCACUGACGUCACCGCUUCAAGCAGCAGUCAAGAUUCUCAACAAUAUGAUCCUGUAUCCGCCACCGAAGCAAAUUCGAUUGGAAUAAGUCUGGCAGGACGUCAAACAUCAAUCAAACCCGUCACUCCGUCCAAGAUGAAGAAAACAGGAUCAUCGGGGCUGCACAAGAAGAAGUUCCUCGUUGUCCACACGAACAAGAGCAUGAAAAUACCGAAUGCAAGAGCAGAAACUCGCAAGACUCCGAAAACGUCAUCUCAUGCUGUUUCAAAGCGAUAA